AUGUUUACAUUUACCCCUUUGCUCGGGGCGCAAUCAUCAAGCUCGAGAGCUGUUCAGUCAAUUCUAGAGCUCGAUGGUGGAGUUAAGAUUCUGGUUGAUGUCGGUUGGGAUGAAAGUUUUGAUGUAUCCGCCCUUGCGGAGCUGGAAAAACAAGUCCCCACUCUUUCGCUCGUUCUUCUGACCCAUGCAACGCCCUCUCACAUUGGUGCAUUUGCACAUUGCUGUAAACACUUUCCUUUAUUUACUCAGAUCCCCAUUUAUGCAACCAGUCCAGUCAUUGCCCUAGGCCGUACACUUCUUCAAGAGCUUUAUGCUUCCGCACCGCUUGCUGCUACCUUUUUACCGAAAGCUACAUCGGGGGAUUUAUCUCCGCCUUCACCGGUACCCAAGAGAGCUACGCGUUCAGCUGAUACUACAAAUGUCGACCAUGACGAGCCCCCCGGUAUACUUUUACCUCCCCCCACGUCAGAAGAGAUUGCCCGAUAUUUCUCACUCAUUCAUCCCCUGAAAUAUUCCCAGCCGCACCAACCUUUGCCGUCCCCGUUUUCUCCUCCGCUCAACGGCCUGACCCUCACGGCGUAUAACGCUGGCCAUACAGUUGGAGGUACCAUAUGGCAUAUUCAACAUGGUAUGGAAUCAAUUAUAUACGCUGUCGACUGGAACCAAGCAAGAGAGAACGUUAUUGCCGGGGCAGCCUGGUUUGGAGGUUCGGGUGCAAGUGGGACAGAGGUCGUUGAGCAGCUGAGGAAGCCGACUGCGUUUGUCUGCAGUACAAGGGGAGGGGACAAACUGUCGCUUUUAGGCGGGAGAAAGAGAAGGGAUGAUCUUCUCUUGGAUAUGAUUCGGAGCAGCUUCUCCAAAGGCGGAACGGUUUUAAUACCCACCGACACCAGCGCGCGAGUCCUUGAGUUGGCAUAUGUUUUGGAACACGCGUGGCGAGAAUCGGCAGAGACGGCAGACGGGGCGGACCCCUUGAAAAGCGGGGCACUUUAUCUAGCCGGAAAAAAAGCUCAUGGAACAAUGCGACUGACACGAAGUAUGCUUGAAUGGAUGGACGAGGGCAUUGUCCGUGAAUUCGAGGCUGGCCAUGGUGAUCCUGUCGCUGUCAGCGGUAAAGGCCGCCAGGACGGCCCGAGUCAGCGAAAUCCGUUAACGGGUAUGCCAGAUAAACGAGGCGAUGGUGCAUUCAAAGCUCUCGGUCCAUUUACGUUCAAGUAUCUUAAAAUCGUGGAACGCAAGGCCAAACUUGACAAGAUACUAGGAUCAAACACGCCUAAAGUAAUUUUAACAUCUGACACAUCACUCGAUUGGGGAUAUUCUAAGCAUGUCCUUCAAAAUAUAGCAACCGGAUCUGAGAAUCUUGUUAUUUUGACAGAGUCAUUCUCAGUUUCUGCUAAUAAGGAAAUGAUGGACGACGGACGUUCUACGACCUCGCUGGCUCAUGAGAUAUGGUCGAUUUAUGAAGAACGAAAGGACGGAGUUGCAUUAGAAAAGGCCCCUAGCGGAGAGCUUCUGGAGCAAGUCCACAGCGGCGGGAGGAUGCUAACCGUCACCGAUGUUGAGAAAGCUCCUCUGGAUGCCAAUGACUUACUUGUCUAUCAGCAGUACCUAGCAACAAGAAGGCAAUUGCAGAACACUACACAGGGAAGGGGAGACUCUGGAUUAGAAACCGCGGCCGAUCCACUUGAUGAUGGGUCCAGCUCGUCCUCUUCCGAGGAUUCAGACUCAGAACAACAAGGCAAAGUGCUAAACUUUUCGGUUUCUCUCGCUCAUUCCAAUAAGAAUAAAUUAGGCUUAAGCGAUGCCGACUUGGGAGUAAAUAUUCUCCUACGACGAAAGCAUGUUCAUGAUUACGAUGUCCGUGGUAAGAAGGGCAGAGAACGGAUGUUUCCCUACGUUGCUCCAAGAAAACGUGGAGACGAGUACGGCGAGUUUAUACGUCCAGAAGAAUACCUAAGAGCUGAGGAACGCGAAGAAGCCGAAAUGCAAACAAAGCGUGGUCCAGAUGGCCGUAUUCAAACGAGGCCUGGUCAGAAGCGAAGGUGGGGCGAUGUCAACGCCAACGGAAAUCAACCGGCAAUCGUUUCAAAUAAACGGCAACAUGUAUCGUCUGGCUCCCGAGAUUUACAAGAUGCCAACGCAGAAUUAGCACUUCCUAGUGGAAUUGGCGCUAUCAGCACCGAAGAUGCAAGUGCAUCUGAAGAGGAAGCUGAAGAACAGCCCGUCGAGGGGCCUUCCAAGGCUACAUUUACUUAUUCUACCCUGGAGCUGAAUGCUCGUAUCGCCUUCGUAGAUUUCUCUGGGUUGCAUGACAAGCGUAGCUUGGAAAUGCUCAUCCCACUCAUACAACCUAGAAAAUUAAUAUUGACCGCAGGUCUCAGGGAAGAAACAUUGGCCCUCGCCGCUGAAUGUCGGAAUCUAUUAACAGGGAAGGCCGCCGUAGACCUAGGGCCGUCUAGUCAAGCUGCUGUUGACAUAUUCACACCGGUGAUUGGUGAAACAGUUGACGCCAGCGUGGACACAAACGCCUGGAUGGUUAAGCUAAGCAGUGCUUUGGUUAAACGGCUCAAGUGGCAAAACGUCAGAAGUUUAGGGGUUGUCGCUCUCACAGGAGAAUUACGAGCACCAGAACUUACGGCUGCUGAUGAAGAUGCCCCAGAGGUGUCUCAAAAGAAGCAAAGGUUGUUACCGGACAAUGCUCCUAGCACUGGAGGGAAUGAACAAAAGCAACUGGUUCCUAGCAAGAACGCUCUCCCACUUCUAGAUGUUCUACCGGUCAAAAUGGCUGCGGCAACAAGAUCCGUGACUCGAGCACUUCACGUUGGGGACCUCCGGUUAGCCGAUCUUCGCAAACUUAUGCAAUCUUCAGGCCAUACCGCGGAAUUUCGUGGUGAAGGCACGCUUUUAAUUGAUGGGUUUGUUGCUGUGCGGAAAUCUGGGACAGGGAAAAUUGAAAUUGAAGGCGCCGCUCAAUCCGCGCUGUCUAACCCUUCGGCUUUGAAGAGUGAAGGGAGUUUUCUAGCAGUCAAGAGGAAAAUUUAUGAAGGCCUGGCAAUCGUUGCAGGUGGAUAA